GAGAAGGGGGAGCGGAGUCUCUUGUUUUCAGAACAGCUGAAGCGAUUGGGAAGUGUCUGUGAGCGGGAGAAAAAGAACGCUUGCUACGAUCUGACUCCCCUCUCCGGGAAGGACGGACAGACGGAUAGGAGCGGGGGUUCCCUCGCGAAUAAAGCCGAAAGAUAACAGCGAGCCGGUUGUGCAGCCAGACAGAAACGCCACUGUGUGAUCGGUAGAUGGAGGCGGCGGCAGGAGCAGCAGCCGCCGGAGCAGCCAGGGACGGAUGGCUCUGCGCUGGAGGCGGAGAGGGCGAAGGAAGCGCGGGGCUACCGCUUCCCGCCGCCGCUGAAGGGCAGUUGUGAAAGUGCCCAGGCGCAGCGAGAGGGGGACACCGGCGGCGACGACCUGCCCACUUGCAGGCAGACAGGCCCACCGGCCCUUGCCGCGCUCGGAUGCCCGCUCCGGCUGUUGGGAGAGAGGCGAUCCAACCGAGGGUGCGGCGGCGGCGGUUCCUCUGCUGCGCGAUAGCCGGCGCCAAACGCGCCUCUGCCCUUUCAGGAUGAGCGGCGGCGGCGAGGUGGUCUGCUCGGGCUGGCUGCGGAAAUCGCCCCCCGAGAAGAAGUUGAGGAGAUACGCAUGGAAGAAACGAUGGUUUAUCCUUCGCAGCGGCCGUAUGAGUGGAGACCCAGAUGUGCUGGAGUACUACAAGAACGACCAUUCCAAGAAGCCGCUGCGUGUGAUCAACCUCAACUUCUGCGAGCAGGUGGACGCCGGCUUGACCUUCAACAAGAAGGAGCUGCAGGACAGUUACGUCUUUGACAUCAAGACUAGCGAAAGGACGUUCUACCUGGUGGCCGAAACGGAGGAGGACAUGAACAAGUGGGUUCGCUGCAUUUGCCAGAUCUGCGGCUUCAACCAGUCCGAAGAGAACACAGAUUCUUUAAGAAACAUUCCUGCUAUGAGUCAUGGUCCACGCUCAUCCCCAGCUGAGCUGAGUGGCUCCAACCAACGGCUGCUGCGAGAACGGAAGUCGUCAGCACCUUCGCACUCUAGCCAACCCACCCUCUUCACAUUUGAUUCACCUGCUAACCAUAUCCGGACCACCCUUUCUGCCAGUGCCCCCCAGGACUAUCUCUUUCUACACCAGUGCAUGAGCAGGAAAUCAGAGAACACCAGGAGCGCUAGUUUCUCUCAAGCCACGAGAUCCUCGUUCUUCAUGAGAAGCGACCCGUCUGUUCAGAAGCUCUCUCAGGGGAACGGGCACUGUGUAAACGGAGUGGGUGGGCAAGUGCACGGCUUCUACAGCUUGCCCAAGCCGAGCCGGCACAACUCGGAGCUAAGAGACAGUGCUUACGACCUUCCAAGGAGUUUUGGAUGCUACGCCCGCACCAAAUCCAGCCACACAGGUUCCGAAACGGAUAGCGAGGAAGUGUAUACCUUCAAGACCCCCAACAACACCCUUUGCAAAGACUUUGGAGAACUUUCUACUGACUCUUAUGACGUCCCUGGCACCCCUUUGUCGAUUUAUCAGAUCCCAAGGACAUUCACACUGGACAAGAACCACAACGCCCUGGCGGUGGCCUCCAGUGAGACACCUGCUCCUCCUCCUCCAAGGCCUCCUAAGCCAGGGCAGGCAGAGUCACGGUGGGGCAGUCCUCAACAGCGCCUGCUAGACAGCGAGGGCAUGGGCCCAGUUGCCGCCACCAUUCCCAGAAGGAAUACAUUGCCCGCCAUGGUGAACUGCAGGCUGCAUCGAGCUUCGUCCUGCGAGACCUAUGAAUAUCCCCAGCACAGCAGCAGCAGUGCUGUUCAGUCCACAGAAUCUGUGAAUGUUGGGUUGAACUCGUAUCUGCAAAACAAAGCUACGGUGUCUCGAUCGCACAGUGCCGACUCAGAGGACAACUAUGUCCCCAUGAACCCAGGUUCUUCAGUCCUGCUCAACACAGAGAGGCCGAAUGACAACUCCCAGCACCUCUACAUCCCUAUGAGCCCUGGGCCUCAUCACCUGGACUUGAUGGGGAUGUCCUCUUCUACUUUACCAGUUCAUAAAGGUAGUAGCAGUUCCCAGCUGCACAGGCGGAUGAGUGAAAUCCAGCCUCCACCCGUCAACCGCAACCUCAAACCUGAUCGCAAAGCAAAGCCAACACCACUGGACUUAAGGAACAACACAGUCAUUGAUGAGCUUCCCUUCAAAUCACCAGUCACUAAAUCCUGGUCCAGGCCUGGCCAGACUUUCACCUCCAACUUUUCCCAAUAUUGCCGCCCCAUCUCUACCCAGAGCAUCACCAGCACUGACUCAGGAGAUAGUGAAGAAAAUUAUGUGGCCAUGCAAAACCCUAUCUCUGCAUCUCCUAUUGCCAGUGGCACCAACAGCCCAGCUACAAAAAAGAGCACAGGAAAUGUCGAUUACCUGGCCCUGGACUUCCAGCCAAGCUCACCUGGUCCUCACAGAAAGCCCUCCACAUCGUCAGUUACCUCAGACGAGAAGGUCGACUACGUGCAAGUUGACAAGGAGAAGACACAAGCGUUGCAAAGCACUAUGCUGGAAUGGACCGACGUCCGGCAGUCUUCAGAGCCCACCAAGGCGGUGAAGUAGUAACAGGUGGAAUAGAGGGGAAGCCUUCUGGAAGGGCAAAGACUAAAUUAUUCCAUCCAGCAAGGCUAGGCCACCUGCCAUCGUUCAGCAAGGACUGCUAAGGCCCAGGUGACGCUCUUGAUUUAGAAAGCAAAGUUAACUUCAGGGGAAGACAUGGCUGAUAACUGUUUGCCAUGCUCAAAGGUGCCAGAGCUCUUUCUGGAUAAAUUUUCUGGGAAAUUCAACAUAGCAAUACUGGGAAUCUUGAUGCCCUGCAUGCUUUCAACCAUCGCUGAACCCAUCUUGUGUCUGCCACCACUGUAUUUUCCUCAGCAUACACCUGCUGUGAGCCAAAGUGAUGCCAGUUUGGCUGAAUGCCAGGCUUCUGCUGGGAUCUUUGGUCUCCCCUUGCCUCCCUCUUCUGUCUCCUGUCCUUCUUGAAGAAAAAGAAAAUGGGCAACUAUUUUGGCUGUAAUCGUGUUUUGUUUUUCAAUGAAGCCCUUACAAGCAUUGGUUUUGUCUACUGUGCAAAAUAUAGGAACUCUUAUCCUCAAAGCACUUAAACGUUUUCCUUGUGGAGUUGGGGUAGAAGGAAACUCAUUGGCAUAUAUCAGUUUCUUGAUAAAUGUGUGCUUGCUUAAGCUGACAUGAAUUUCCUCUCCCAAAAUUCCCUUCAAGAUUCUGUCGGGAAUGCUUUGAUUUUGAUUCCUGCAUUGAGCAGGGGGUUGGACUCAAUGGCCUUAUAUUCUAUGAUUCUUUGCAAAUCUUAAUGUCAAAUCUUUUCUGAAUACUUGCAUAUUGUUGAAUAUUCAAUAAUGUUUGAGUUCAACCAUUGACGUUUGAGUGUGUUUGAUAGCCAGUGUGCAGUUGUGUUUAGUAGGUGACUGAGUUUGAUGUCUGACUGCUUAGGAGAUUAAUAGUUAAGACCGUCAGAAGAGCCCUGUCAGAUUGGGUUAAAAGUCUAUCCAGUCUGAUACUCUGUUUCCAGAAGUAGCCCCUCUGACAUUCAAUGCCUGCCAAUAAAUCUAAUGCACUCAAAUCUUUGAAACAAAAUUUUACAUUUUCAAAAUACAAAUUCAAAUAUGAAAUUUCACAUUUAAAAGUGGCAAAACUGGGGAAAUCUGCUGAAUAUUUGCAAUUAUACCACUGCAGUGAGUGCAUUGGAAAUUGCCCGUUGUCUUGAUACAUAGACCUGGUCUGAAACAUACACACACAACGGAUCCAUUUUCCAAAUGUCAACAAAAGUGCCCUGUUAGGUCUUAUGGUAAUCUUCAAGAUAACCAAGUUGUGUCUAGAUAAUGGCAAAAGAGGGCCUAGCUCAUAUUUGCUACCCCACUAAAAAUCUUCUGAAAGUGGCUUCAAGUUCUGUGACACUAUGACUGCAGGUUAAGUAUGCAUGGGACCAUUGCUCCCGUGUUCUCAACAUGCCAUGUGGGUCUGUGAGUUGCCCCUUGAUGAAGAGGUGUGAAACUACCCGGAAGUCACAUGAAUGUCACAAUCAUUGACCGAUCCGCCCUCCCUAUUAGCACAAAGGACUAGAAGAACGGAUGUCAAGAGGAUGCUGCAAGAAGCCAUAACAGCACUGGGCUUGUGGGUGUCAUGAAGGAGCAGUGGCUUUGAAUGCUAUGGCCCCCAUGCCUUUCAGCUGGACAUUUCUGCAAAUCUAUAGAGAGAAUUUAGUAACUGCAUGGUGCGAUGAUUUCAUCCCUCUACAUCUAAUGACAUGAAGUCAGAGACCCUGGAAAAGGGAGUGGACAUUAGGAUUGUCAGGAUGGAGGGAGGGAAUCAUCAGACAGAAACAGGCUGCCAUUGUAGUCAAGGCUAAUUGAUAAAGAGGUGCAACCCAUUUUCUAGUAGUAACUGCACGGAGAGCUCUGUGCAUGAAGCUGCAUUAUGUCGAGGGCAGUGGUCCAGCUACCCCAGUAUUAUCUACUCUGACAGGCAGCAGCUCUCCAGGAUCUCAGGCAGAAAGCCCUUUCCUGUUAUCUGCUACCUGAUCCUUCUAACUGGAAAUGCCGAGGAUUGAAUGUAGGAACUUCUGCAUGCAAUGCAUGUGCUCUGCUAGUAAAGCAAUGGCCGUUCACCUCAAGGUGCAACCAGGCUAUACACUGCCCCUCGUUCCUACUGUGCCACCAUACUAAGGCAGUUCUGUAGUUGUAAGCCUCCCCAUGGUGCGUACACAAAGGCACUUAACAGCACCGUCCUAUGCCGAAGUAAGUCCCACUGUGUUCAGUGGCGUUUAUUCCCAGGUGUGAUUUGGAUCGCAGCCUUCAUGUGAUGAAUUACUAGGACAUCGCACCAGAACUGUUUUCCCCAUAUGAAAAAUGGAAGUGGACUGCUUUCAAGUCCAUCCCAACUUACGGCAAUGCUAUGAAUUGGGAUUUCAUGGUAAGCGGUAUUCAGAGAGAGUUUACCGUUGCCUCCCUCUGAGGCUAGUCCUCCCCAGCUAGCCAGGGCAUGCCCAGCUUGCCACCACUGCACAAGCCAGCCCCUGCCUUGUCUGCAACUGCCAGCUGGGGGUCAACUGGGCUCCUUGGGACUCUGCAGCUUGCCCACAGGUGGCAGGGCACGUCACCCCUGAGCCACACCCUGUGGGGGUGAUCUUUAGCUGGCCCCUGACACCCAGGAGACACGAGCGGGAAUUUAAACUCACAGACUCUGGACUCCCAGCCAGGCUCUCCUCCCCAUUGUGCUAUUCCAACUGUGUUUUCCCCAUAUAGGAAGGAGAUAAAUAAUGUAGUUACUUGGGGCUUGCUUCUUUGUGUGGGUAAGACCUGAUGGAUCACAGCAGGGGUCUAAGAAUAUGCUUCUGGUAAUCAUUUGGUGUUAACUCUGCUGCCUCCUUGCAUGCCAGACCUGCUUACCUCAUUCCACCUGACUCUUUGAAGCCAGCCUGCACUGAACAGAAUCUCUUUUCCUCUCUGUACCUUUGGUGUAGCAGCCAAGGAUAAAUCUGAUGUAUUGGCCUGCCUUGUGGCCUUUAUGCCAGUAAUUAACAACACAGCCCUAAUAUCCCAUGCAUGGUUACUCAGAAGUAAGUCCUAUAAUGUUUCGUGGCGCUUACUUGCAGGAAAGUGCUUAGGAUUGGAGCCUCAGUUUCUCCCACUGUGUUCCCUUUCUUGCACUGUUUUAUCAGCUUACCGGUAAUUAUGGAUAAACAGUGAAAACUGACUAUAUGAUGUCAUGACCUGUGCACUGAUCUUGUGACUGUUAAAAACAGCCGCACCUUUACAAAAGGAUUUCUUUCAAGGCCUAGAUUUUUUUUUUAAAAGCAUGCGUGUAUCUUUCUGCAGGAUGGAGUGCUGGUGUGUGGGCAAUCCUACCUGGCAAUUCAGUGGGAUUCAGCUCAGACAGAUUUAAAAAUUUUUGGGAUGAGUCAGACUUUUGCUGAUGAGUCCUUUUAGUCCUGCAUUUCCUUUCUAUGUGAAGCCAGCAGUUGGAAAACUUGCAGGGCCAUUGUUUGUUUGCUGUUGAGAGGUAUACUGCCUCUAUAUGCUCAGGUUCCAUAUAGGCUUCAUGGCCAUCUACAUGUUUUCUUAGGCCCGGACUGUCUCCUUAGGUGCUCUCAAUUGUUAUUUCAGGACAUGUGUAAUAUAAACCACAGGGCAGGGUAAGGUUUUUGGUUCACAGUGGAAAUCCAGUCUGGAUCCACCUCUGGGACAAGGAACUGGGAACGUGGUAAUCCCCGGUACAGAAAAUAAAAGGAACCUCGGUAACAAUGCAACUGGUGGGUAACGUGUGUAUCUCCUACAAAAGUGCUAUUGGAGAAGGUGUGGGGAAACCUGCGGCCCUCUAGAUGUUGUUGGGCCACAACUCUCAUCAGCCCCAGCCAGCAAGAAUGCAAGAUAAGGGAUGAUGGGCGUUGUAGUCAAGCAACAUCUGGAGGACCACAGGUCCCCCCACUCCUACACUAGAGGCACUGUUUAUGCAUACACCAGGCCUAUACCUGUCUCCCACCCACCGCAAAGACUUAGUUUGCACAUGCAAGAGGUGAGAGGUGGUACAACUGUAAGUGCACCAUAUAAUUUCAGAAGGGGGUACCCUGCCCAUAGAAAUCUAGGAUGGCAAGAAAAAAGCUAGGGCAACACAUCUGGCUUUCUGCGGGCAGGCACGCACUCCCCUACCUGCAGUCUGAAGCAGAACAGUCUCUUGCCAGUCCAGGUAUAAGCUCAUGUCAAAAAGAUGGGCAUCACUCUUCCUUCUCUAGUCGUAUAGUGCAAGCCUGGCCCUGGCCAUUAGAAUGGCACCUGGAUUUGGCUUUAGGUGACAUGCAGUGACUCCUUGGGCCUCUGGUUGUUCAGGCUGAGGUCAUUCUUUUUUCUGCUGCCUAAAAACUAUAAAAGGCUCUGAGUACAGCCCUUCAAUGUCCCACUCUGACAUUUAUCCCUGACUUUGCUCAGAUCUCUCCUCUGCUUUUCAAUCCUUUCCAUCCUGCAGGACGAUGAACCUGCUUUGUGGGACUCCUGGCUGUUCAUGCAUUCUGCUUGUGGGUAAAGUCUGCGACAGGCUGUUUGGACAGUCUUACCUUUACAGUACAUUGUUCAAUAAAAUAAUAAGCUGCUGGUGUCAUCCAACCCCAGAAUAAAGGUGAUGUUUCAAUUUCCUACCUCACAGGGCUGUUGUGAGGAUUAUAGUUUGGAGGAGUAUUUUAGAUGGGCCCUAUCUACUAGGGUGUUACAUCUGACACCACUGUUGCAUCACAGCAACCAAUGUUAAAAGUGUAAUGAAAGGACAUUUCUAUGCCUUGCUGAAUCAAAACCCUGUUAAAAGCAUUAAUCAAAAUGGUAGAGGCCUCAUAUGAAUUAGGAUGCUGAAGAUUUGCCCUGUUCUGAAGUUUCACUGUGAUCAUCAAAUGGGACGAAAAAUUAUCGACCAUGUAGAUCAGCGAUGAAUUCUGUCUGUUGGAAAAACAAUGAAUGUGUCGGAGGUGGGGAUAAAAAUAAUGACAAAUGUGAAACAGCCUUCACUGCAAUGGACACAAUGAAAGGAGAGCCAGUGCAGUGUAGUGGUUAGAGUGUUGGACUGUGACCUGAGAGACCAGAGUUCAGAUCUCCUCUCAGCCAUGAAGCUCACUGGGUGACCUUGGGCCAGUUGCUGUCUUUCAGCCUACCCUACCUCACAGGGUUGUUGUGAAGAUAAAAUCAGGAGGGGGAGAACCAUGUUUGUACGCCACCUUGAGCUCCUUGGAAGAAAGGUGGGACAGAAAGGUUAAUAACGAUGAUGAAAAUCUGCCACUACCUGCAAUGUCAGAUCCAUCAGCAAACGUAAUAGAAAAAUUAACUUGUAUUCUAAAAAAAAGGUCGAGAGUUUUCCCAGUUUCUGACAGCUUGGAAAAAUCUGAAAUAAAAAGGUUUUGGUUUUUUAAUUCAGAUUUUUGUAGCAACGUUUCCAGUGACAUCUGUAUUUUUGCAGCCCCAAACCUAAUCAAGAACUUGAGCCUCCUGCCAGGUUCUCGCAUCUAGUUCUCACUGAAGUGGUAAGACCUGUGCCUGAGCUGAAACAUUCCAGGCUGCAGCUGAAGGCUCAUGUGACACAGGAACCUGCCUUCUACUGAGUCAGACCUUUUGCCCAUCUAGCUCAGUACUGUCUACACUGACUUGCAGCAGCUCUCCCAGAUUUCAGGCAGGGAGUCUCCCACUCUUUCCUGGGGAUGCCAGGGAGUGAACCUGGGACUUUCUGCAUGCAAAGUGGAUGCAUGCAAACUGCCACUGAGCUAUAGCCCUUCCACAACCAUCUGCCAUGUUCCUAAGCUUCCUGUGAGACUAAGAAAGGUUUGCUUUUUUUAAACACACACACACAUUUAUAGCCUCCUGGACAUGCUGUUUUCUAUGUGCAGGGAUCUCAUUUUAUUGGACAAAUGUUCGGUAAGGCGAGUUCCCACCUGCAUGAUAAAACGAGACAAGCAGAUGCUGGUUUGUCAUCACAGUGAGAAUGGACCAAUUCCCAGAAUGCCUGCACAGUAUGGUGGCCGCAUUGGCAUAGCUGCUGCCAUUUUGGUGCUCCAGUGAUUUGGGGAAAAGCUGACUUACAGGAGCAGUACUAAAAGCAGCCCCUUCACCCUCUGAAUAGUGUAUGAAUUGGGCCCCUCUGCCUGCCAUUUGGAUCUCAGAAUAGCAGACUUUUAACUGACAAGCCAUUGGAGCUCCCAUUUGGUCAAAAUGGUCAGACCUGAAUUUGUGAUUCAUUGAAACAUUAAUAUUCUGCUCUAAACUAAGGCACUACAGCUGCAAUUGAAAGCACACAGCCUGCCUCUUCUUCUGGCAACAUUUAGCAAUACAAGAUAGUGCCAUUGCUGUUGAGUUUCCCCAUUAAGGGCUAGUACUAUAGGAAGAGCCUGCUGGGUCAGGCCAGUGGCUCAUCUGGUCCAGCAUCCUGUUAUCACAGUGGCCAACCAGAUGCCGCAAUGGGAAAUCUGCAAGGAGGACCUGAGCACCAAGCACUCUCCCCUCUUGCGGUUUCCAGCAACUGGUUUUCAGAAGGAUGCUGCCUCCUAGUGGCUACUAGCCAUUCAUGGCUACUAAUAGCCUUGUCCUCCAUGAAUUUGUCUAAUCUUUUAAAAGCCAUCGAAGUGGAUGGCCAUCACUGCCUCUUGUGGGAGCAAAUUCCAUAGUUUAACUCUGCACUGUGUGAAGGACUUUCGUUUGUCUGUCUGGAAUAUUAACAUUAAGCUUCACUGGAUGCCCACAAGUGUUAUCAGAAAGGGAGAAAAACGUCUACCCAUGUGCCAUGCAUUAUUUUAAACACUUCAAUCAUGUCACUUCUUACAUUUUCUCUAAAGUAAAAAGCCCCCAAUGCUGCAACCUUUUCUCAGAGAGGAGUUGCUCCAUCCCCCUGAUCAUUUUGGUUGCCCUAUUUUAAACCUUUUCCAGCUCUACAAUAUCUUUUUGAGGUGAGGCAACCAGAAGUGCACACAAUAUUCCAAAUGCAGCCGCAACAUACAUUUAUAUAAUUGCAUUAUGAUAUCACCAGUUUUAUUUUCAGUACCUUUCCAAAUGAUCCCUAGCAUCAAACUUGCAUUUUUCACAGCUGCCACACACUGGGCUGACAUCUUUAUUGAGCUAUACACUACAACCCCAAGAUCUCGUUCCUGGUCAGUCACUGCCACUUCAGACCCCAUGAGUGUAUAUGUGAAAUUAAUUUUUUUUUUGUUCCAAUAUACAUAAGAACAGUUAUUUACAUUGAAUUGCAUUUGCCAUUUUAUUGCCCAUUCAGUUUGGGGAGGUUUUUUUGGAGUUCUUCACAAUCCCUUUUUCUUUUAAAAACCCUGAACAAUUUAGUAUCAUCAGCAAACUUGGCCACCUCACUGCUCACCCCUGACUCUAGAGCAUUUAUGAACAAGUUAAAAAACAUCCUUGGGGGGACUCCACUUUCUACAUGCCUCCAUUGGGAGAACUGUUCAUUUAUUCCUACUCUGUGCUGUCUGUUUCCUAGCCAGUUUCUGAUCCACAAGAGGCCUCUCCUCUUAUUCCAUGAUGGCUGAGCUUACUCAGGAGUUUUUGGUGAGGUACCUUGUCAAAAGCAUUUUGAAAGUACAAGUGCACUAUGUCCACUGGAUCACCUCUAUCUGUCGAUACUCUCAACUGCAAUAGGUUAAUGAGGGAGGACUUACCGUUGCAGAAGCCAUGCUGAUUCUGCUUCAGCAAGGCUUGUUCUUCUAUAUGCUUGGUUAUUUUAUCUUUAACAAUACUUUCUACUGGUUUUCCUGGGGCAGACGUUAAGCUAUGUGACCUGUCAUUUCUGGGAUCAAAUUGGUGUUACAUUGGCCACUUUUCAGUCCUUAAGUAUGGGGGUGGAUCUGAGAGACAGCUUACAUAUUGUUAGAACAUCAGCAAUUUCACAUUUGAAUUCUUUGAGAACUCUUGAGUAGAUGCCAUCCAGACUUGGCAAUUUGUCAGUUUUUAUUUUGUCUGUUAAGCCUAGAACUUCACCUCUCAUCACCACUAUUUGCCUCAGUUCCUCAGACUCCCUUCCUGCAAAAGUUAGUACAAGCACAGGGAUCAGCCUUAUAUCUUCUGCUGUGAAGACAGAUGCAAAGAAUUUUUUUAGCUUCUCUGCAAUCUUCUCAUCCUGCUUUAACACAUCUUUGACUCUCUUGUCAUCCAAGAUCCAACUGCCUCCAUAGACAGUCUCCUGCUUUGAAUGUAUUUAAAGACUUUUUGUUGUUGGCUUUUAUGUUUUUAGCAAUGUGCUCAAAUUCUUUUUUUAGCAUCCCUUAUUGUCUUCUUGCACUUCUUUUGCCAGAGUUGGUGUCUCUUUUCAUUCACCUCAUUCAGUCAAGACUUCUGUUUUUUGAAGGAAGACUUCUUGCCUCUAAUAGCUUCUUUGAACUAUACCAGCAUCCUCUUGGCUCUGGUAGUAUAUACUCCAGUUGAGCUUCUAAUAUUGUGAUUUUAAACAACUCCUAAGCAUUUGGAGAGAUUACAUCUUGACUUUGCCUUUCUUUUUACCAAUCCCCUCAUUUUGGGGAAGUUUCCUCUAUUGAAGUCAAAUGUGACCAUGUUGGAUUUUCUUGGUAAUUGGCUGUUUCCAUGUGUGUUUAAUAACGCUAUGAUCACUGCUCCCAAUUGAUUCAACAACACUUACCUCUCGCACCAGAUACUGGAUGCCCCUCAAGUCCAAGGUUGCCAUCCCUUUGUUUGGUUCCAUGACCAACUGUUCUAGGGCACAGUCAUUUAAGGUAUCUAGACAUUUUACCUCUUUGUCAUGACUGGGACACAUAUGUAGCCAGUCUGUGUCAAGGUAGUUGAAGCCACCCAUGACUACAACAUUUCCUAGUUUGGAUGCUUCCUCAAUUUCAUUUUUCAUCUCAAGAGCUUCCUAAGCAUUUUGAUCAGGGGAAACGAUAGACCAUCCCCAGUACUAAAUUACUCUUGGGGUCCAGUACCACCACCUACGACGAUUCUGUGGAGGAAUCUGCCUCUUUCAGGGGUUCUAGUUUUCUGGAUUCAGUGCCCUCUUUCACAUAAAGAGUGACACCACCUCCAAUACAUCCUGCUUACCGGCGUUCCGUUUUCCGGCGUUCCACUGAUGCAGCGGCUUUCAAUGAGUGGAAAUUCCCUGUUUUAGGGCCGUUUUUACGCUUUUGUGACAUUUUCGCGCAACGCGCCCCAUUAUUUUCAAUGGGGUUCGCUUUAUGGUGAUUUCCGCUUUACGGCGGCAGUUCGGAACGGAACCUGCCAUAUAAGUGGGGCCUGCCUGUAUAUGCAGUGUCUCUCUUCAAGUGUCUUUGGCACUUUUGGUUUGGCCCGUGUUACUUUGGCCUCUGAAUUGCUAUCCUGUGCCCCUGCACUCACAACCCUGAGCUCCUGCUGGGAGGAAGGGCGGGAUAUAAAUCAAAUAAUAAAUAAACACCUAGUUCUAGGCUUGCCCCAUUUAUAUUUUCAUCAAUUUGUCCUGAACUGGACCCUCCUCAUCUCCUGUCCGCUUUCCCCCCACAAUUAGUGUCCGCUUUCCCCCCACAACUAGUUUAAAAGCUGCUCUGCCACCUUUUUGAUUUUGCCAUCAGUCUGGUUCCAUCCGGGUUCAAGUAGAGUCCGUCCCUUCUGUACAGGCCUGGCUUGUCCCAAAAUGUUCCUCAGUGCCUAACAGAUCCAAGCCCCCUUCUCCAAACCCCAUCGUCUCAUCCACGCAUUCAGACUACAAAGCUGUGUCUGUCUAACUGGUCCUGCACGUGGAACCAGUAGCAUUUAAGAGAAAGAUACUUUGGAGGUCCUGGCUUUCAGCAUGCUUCCAGGACUUCACGACUGCAUUUCCCUAUGUCAUUGGUACCAACAUUCACCACAACCACUGACUCCUCCCCAACACUAUCUAGCAAGCUAUCUAGAUGACGGACAACAUUCCCAACCUUCACACCAGGCAGACAAAUCAUCCUGCAGUCUGUACGCCAAUCACACACCCCAUUAUCAAUGUUCCAAAUUAUUGAAUCACCCACAACUAGGAUCCUUCCACCACCACCACCCCGAAGAAGUAUCCUUGCCAUGAAGAGGAUAGCUGGUAGUCCCCCAAGGAAUGGGUCCGUUCUAAGGAAUUGUUUCCCUCAGAUAGACGCUGUCCUACCCAAAGGCCCUCAUUCUCCAUGAUAGCGGGACAGCAAUCAUCCUGGGAAUGGGAUACAGCUGUAAUGUCCCUGAAGGCCUCUUCGACAACCCUCUCUGCCUCCCUCAGCUUCUGAGGUCAGCCAUCUUGGCUUCAAGGAAACAAACCUGUUCCAGAAGAAGCAGAAGCUCAUUGUACACUCACAACUUCUGUCCAACAGGCAGACAGUCAUACAUGUUACAGACAGUGCAAAACACUGGAAAGCCCCCAUAGCCCAGCUGGCUUCCUACCUGCAUGAUUGUUUGUGUAGUUAAUAUAUUAAAAGCUUAGGUUUUCUUUAAAUCAGGGAACAGACGGGCAGAGUGAGGUACCCUGGCCUUCUCACCCUGCUGCCAAACUCACUCUAAUACAAUAAGGGUGGUAUUCAGUGCUAGUCCUACUCACAGUAGACCCACUGAAAUUAUUAGACAUGACUGACCUAGGUUCAUUAAUUUCCAGUAGGUCUAGUACCCUGAGAGUAGGACUUAGUUGUAUGCCUCCAACUACCAACUGCUGGAAAGUGCGGGUAGGCCGAAUGCUGUGGUGCUCAGGUCCUGCUUGUGGGCUUCCCAUGCGUCUCUAGUUGUCCCCUGUGAGAACAGAGUGUUGACUAGAUGGGCUUUUGGCCUGAUCCAGCAAGCUCUUCUUACAUUCUUAUUGCCAACCAUUCUUCCCUUCUUCCAUUUGUCAUUCAUAGGGCUAUGGGAAAGUCACACUGUGCUGGGGUGGAAUUACUAUAUACAUGCAAGAAGUAAGAAGGCUCUACUUCUGGUCAAAUGGGACCACGUGACCCACAUGCAGUCAGUCACAUGACCAAAAACAAAGGCCACAUAGCUGGACAUGACACCCCCAGCUGUCAAAACAAAUGCUAUGUGCAUGAUCACAUGAUGGCCAUGCAAUCAGAUUUUGACAGGAAGUAGGUCUAUCCUAAGGGGCCAUGGUCAACAUAUGCAACCUUUUGUAUGAGAAUUCAGUGGGCCCCAGAGCAGCAUACCAUUUGAGAGUUUAAAUUUUGAGAGGCACCAUCGUAACAAUUCCUUUUGUGGCCAAUGCACUAUAGACAAAUAGCACAUGGAAAAGGUGUGGGGGUGGGAGUGUGUUGAACAGACAGGCCCAGGGUAGCCCAAGAUCAAUGCCCAGCAUGCUCAGGACCACCAACCUUCAUACCUGCUCUGAGCUGGGCUCCAUUUACUCUGCCACAGGUAUGGGCAUGUCUAGCACUUGGGGCAGGGAACUGCAACAAGCCCACCAUUUAAAAUUGCCCACAAUGACAAGGUGCAACACCACACUAGAAAGUCCCCGGGGGGGGGGGGGCUCACCAGACAGCACUUUUGCCAAUGGUCAUCAAGCUCUGCGACAAGAUGAAGAGGAUGUAGACUCUCAGCUCAUAAUGUGGUUACUACCUCAACCAGGACAGUUAGUUUUGUGCUUCUUUGGCCUUCACUGCAACAGCAGCCAAAGGUGGGUGGAAGAGGCAGGCAUCCUUCCUACUUACUCAAGCAUUCUGAGCAAACCCCCAAGUGCUGUAAACCGCCCAGAGAAUGUCAGCUAUGGGGCGGUAUAUAAAUGUAAUAAAUAUAAGUGUUUUGAGAAUCUGCUUGGAAGAUUCCAUAUUGCUAACCUGGCACCACUGCAUCAUAGGUUUGUAUUCCAACAGGAAGAGGGGCUCUAGUAUUCAGUGGCUGCUGGCCACCCAAUUGUACUAUAUAGUUUGGAAAGGAUUCACCUAACUGGGUAUUCGCAUAAAUAAAAGGCUAUUUAGAAAUGGCCAAAUUGAUUUGGUAGCCGCAUGGAAAGCCAUCAAAUUCAGCUAUUCAGAAACCAGGGUUCAAAUAACCAAGGUUCUACAUAAUGGAAACAUUCUAUUGUUAAUGCAAACAUUUAGGUAAAUUUUAUAGUGUCCCAAAAGCUGUUUGAUGAGGAGGCUUUAAGGGUGCUGAAUCAAAGAAACAUUGUAGUUUUGUAGCUGUGAAUGUCCUGAAAUGAAUGACUGUUUUGGUGAUUGGGGGAGAAAUGGGGUGUUUUAUUUCAUAAAAGUAAUUUUUUUAGAUGGACAAAAAUGCUCUUUUAAAAAAAAAAAAUGUAUGCAGCAAGUUUCUGUCUUGUGUCAUUAUUUGAGCUGGUAUUAAUUUUUCUAGUCGCUAAAGAUUGCUAAUCCUUUAAAUUAUUAAUUUAUUCUUUGUGAGUUUCCUUUUUAAAAAAAAUACAAUUUUGACACACUUACCCUGUAAAACUGAUCUUGCGCUUAACCUAGAUACUUUAAAAAAAAUAUUGCUGUUAAAU